CUGUGCUCUCCUCGGCUCUCUUCAUUCCUUCAUUCUUUGCCCUUUGCACAUCUCCUUGGUGCAUACAUAGAUAUAGUACUAAUGAAGCCUAUUGCAACCGGACUUUUGGUCCUUAACUUCUGCAUGUACGUCGUCGUCGCGGCGAUCGGAGGUUGGGCCCUCAAUAGAGCAAUCGACCAUGGCUUCAUCAUUGGUCCAGACCUAGUCCUUCCAGCGCAUUUUUCACCCAUCUACUUUCCGAUGGGGAACACGGCCACCGGAUUCUUUGUGGUGUUUGCCUUGAUUGCCUCAGUUGUAGGUGGUGCAUCAGCCAUAGCCGGUGUCCACCACAUUCGGACUUGGGAUGCCGAAAGCUUACCUUCCGCAGCAUCAAUCGCCUUUGUUGCUUGGACUCUUACUCUACUUGCCAUGGGCUUGGCUUGUAAAGAGAUUGAGAAACACAUCAGGAAUGCUCGCUUAAGAACAAUGGAAGCAUUCUUAAUUAUCCUUUCAGCGACACAGCUUUUCUAUAUUAUUGCUAUUCAUGGAGCCUCGUCUAUCAGGAGGAGGAAUUGAGAGUUGAUUUGUGUGGAACAUGAGGUGUUUGGAGUCUCAUUAUUUUUUAUUAUUUAUUUUCCCGGGUUGUAUCAUCUUCCUGUUCAUGAUUUACAUGAUGAACAGCAUUGUAUUCGCAGAUUGGUUGGGUGGUGGUGUGGUGUGAAAUUAUGUUCCCUCUCACUUACACUGAAAAGUACUGCAAUUUACUGUGUUUCUAAUUUCAUAAUAUUGCAUAUUCACUGAGACCCAGGAGUAAUACUCAAAUUCCAGUAAAAUUUAUUCCAACUAGCUGUUGGUUGAGCUA